AUGAUCUGUGGGUGUCUCACUUUGACAACUCCUGUGGUUGUUAAAUCGCCUCUUUGAAAAUCGGAAAACCAGCAAAAACGUUUUUUGUUAUUGUUGGCGAUUUAUAAAUUUGUUUAUAUAUUCAGGAAUAAAAGAAAAUUAGUUAAAGAUGUCUCAAACUGAAGAUACAACAGACAACACAGAAAUCGGCGAGAGCGGGGGGAACGAUAAUGACUCCUCAUCAGAUGCUAACUCAAAGAACGAGGAUUUUGACGCAAAAUUGGAAACAGAUCGUAGUAAACGUUUUGAUUUUCUUUUAAAACAAACUGAGAUUUUCUCACAUUUUAUGAAUCAGUCUAAAACUCCAACCAAGCCAAAAUCUGGAAGACCGAAAAAGACUAAAGAGGAGGUUGCUGAUCACCGACAUCGAAAAACAGAACAAGAAGAAGAUGAAGAACUGUUGGCUGAAACAAACACCAAAACAAAGGCAAUGAUUAGAUUUGACACUUCUCCAUUCUUUAUAAAAAAUGGUGAAAUGAGAGAUUACCAAGUUAGAGGAUUGAACUGGAUGAUAUCAUUAUAUGAAAAUGGUAUUAAUGGUAUUCUUGCUGAUGAAAUGGGUUUAGGAAAAACUCUGCAAACAAUAUCUCUGCUAGGAUUUAUGAAGCAUUACAAGAAUACUGCCGGACCCCAUAUUGUAAUUGUUCCAAAGUCGACUUUAUCAAAUUGGAUGAACGAAUUUAAGAAAUGGUGUCCCUCACUUAGAGCAGUUUGUUUGAUUGGGGAUCAGGAAGCUAGGAAUACUUUUAUAAGAGAUAUAAUGAUGCCAGGUGAAUGGGAUGUAUGCGUAACAUCGUACGAAAUGUGCAUUAAAGAAAAGUCAGUAUUCAAAAAGUUCAAUUGGCGGUAUAUGGUCAUUGACGAGGCGCAUAGGAUCAAAAAUGAGAAAUCUAAACUUUCCGAAAUUCUCAGGGAAUUCAAAACUUCUAACAGAUUAUUACUAACCGGUACACCUCUUCAAAACAACUUGCACGAACUCUGGGCUUUGUUAAAUUUCCUCCUGCCAGAUGUGUUUAACUCGGCCGACGAUUUCGACUCUUGGUUUAAUACGAAUCAAUGUCUCGGCGACAACGCACUUGUUGAGAGGUUACACGCCGUACUUAAACCAUUCCUACUAAGAAGACUGAAGGCUGAAGUUGAAAAGAGGCUCAAACCGAAGAAAGAACUCAAAGUAUAUGUUGGGUUGAGUAAAAUGCAGCGCGAAUGGUACACCAAGGUCCUCCUAAAAGACAUCGAUAUAGUGAACGGCGCGGGAAAGGUGGAGAAAAUGCGACUGCAAAAUAUUUUGAUGCAGCUUCGCAAGUGCACCAACCACCCUUACCUUUUCGACGGAGCCGAACCCGGUCCGCCCUACACCACCGACGAACAUCUGGUGUACAACUGCGGCAAAAUGUCCAUACUAGACAAACUGUUACCCAAACUUCAGGAACAGGGUAGCAGGGUUUUGAUAUUCUCACAGAUGACGCGUAUGUUGGAUAUUUUGGAGGAUUACUGCCAUUGGAGACAGUAUCACUAUUGUAGACUUGACGGGCAAACGCCACACGAAGAUCGACAAAGACAGAUAAACGAAUACAAUGAAGAUGGCAGCUUAAAAUUCAUUUUCAUGUUGUCAACAAGAGCUGGCGGUUUGGGUAUUAAUUUAGCUACCGCUGACGUUGUUAUUAUCUACGAUUCCGAUUGGAAUCCCCAAAUGGACUUACAAGCCAUGGACCGAGCUCACAGAAUUGGCCAAAAGAAACAAGUACGCGUAUUUCGGUUUAUAACAGAAAAUACAGUAGAAGAAAAAAUCGUCGAAAGAGCUGAAGUUAAGCUUCGUUUAGAUAAACUAGUUAUCCAGCAAGGUAGACUGGUAGAUUCGAAAGCUCAAACGUUGAACAAAGACGAAAUGUUGAGCAUGAUUAGACACGGAGCCAAUCACGUGUUUGCUUCCAAGGAUUCUGAAAUUACCGAAGAAGAUAUUGAUUCCAUCUUGGAAAGAGGAGAAGUUAAAACUCAGGCACUUGCUCAAAAAAUGGAGACUAUGGGGGAAUCAUCUCUAAGAAACUUUACUGUAGAUACUCCUACAGAAUCAGUGUACAAAUUUGAAGGUGAAGAUUACAGGGAGAAACAAAAAACUAUUGGUAUUAGCAAUUGGAUAGAACCACCCAAAAGAGAAAGAAAAGCUAAUUACGCAGUAGAUGCCUACUUUAGGGAAGCUCUUCGAGUAUCCGAACCGAAAGCGCCUAAAGCUCCACGUCCACCAAAACAACCGAUGGUGCAAGAUUUUCAAUUCUUUCCUCCCAGGUUAUUUGAACUACUCGACCAGGAAAUAUAUUAUUAUCGAAAAACUCUGGGCUACAAGGUUCCUAAGAAUUUAGAGCUGGGUUCGGAAGCUACCAAACAGCAGAGAGAGGAACAACGAAAAAUCGACGAAUCGGAAGCUUUAACCGAAGAGGAGCAACAGGAAAAAGAAACUCUGCUGACUCAAGGAUUUACUAAUUGGAGCAAGAGAGACUUCAAUCAAUUCAUCAAAGCUAACGAGAAGUACGGGCGCGAUGACAUUGAAAACAUCGCUAGGGACGUCGAAGGAAAGACUCCCGAAGAAGUUAUGGAAUACUCGGCCGUUUUCUGGGAAAGAUGCCACGAACUACAGGACAUUGAUAGAAUUAUGGCUCAAAUCGAACGCGGGGAAGCGAAGAUUCAGAGGCGAGCCAGCAUAAAGAGAGCUCUAGACGCCAAAAUGGCCAGAUAUCGCGCUCCUUUCCAUCAACUCCGAAUAGCUUAUGGGAACAACAAAGGAAAGAACUACAUGGAAGAAGAGGACAGAUUUUUAGUGUGCAUGUUACACAAAUUGGGUUUUGAUAGAGAAAAUGUUUAUGAAGAACUAAGGGCUGCAGUUAGAGCUUCUCCGCAGUUUAGAUUUGAUUGGUUCUUAAAGUCGAGGACUGCAAUGGAAUUACAAAGGCGAUGUAAUACGCUAAUUACCCUUAUUGAGAGGGAAAACGCUGAACUUGAAGAAAGAGAGAAGAACGAAAAGAAAAAGAAAGCGCCUAAAUCAGGACAAGUACCAGGCACUCCAACUCAAGUAGCUGCCAAAUCAGGCCAAAAACGCAAAAAUGACAGUACCGGUAACGCCAGCGUGGAGAAGAAAAAGAAGAAAAAAUGAAAGUAUCUGCCAAAUCAGGUUAACUUUAAAUUUUAACUUUGGUUACACCUGACAUGAUAAAAACUUGGUAUUCGAUCUUAAAAUAAACUAUUUAAAUAAGUUAUUUUCCAUGUUUAGUAUAAGUUUUAAUUAAGGCGUUUUCCUACUUAAAACAGAUCUACAGCAUGGUCCAAUGUAUGGAUGUAUUUUCAUUUUAAAUAUUUUAUGUAUACCAAAUGUGAGGCAGUUUUAAGAAAGUAGGAAAAUAUAGCUUUUUUGCAAAA